AUGGCCACUCAUUAUUUGGGCCCCGAGAUUGAAGAUGAUUUUGAUGAUCAGUUUGAUGAUGACAAGUAUGAUGAUGAUAUGCCUUUAGUGAUGUUGAAGGGGGUUAAAGAAGAAGACAAAGUUAAAAGGAAAAGAAAAAAGCCAAAUACUAUAGUUACACCAGAAAACAAGAAAGAAGAAAAAAGAACAGAAAAGAAAAGCGGCAAACAGAAGAAACAACUUAAAGAAGGUUUCAGUUCCAGAAUGGUGCAAGAGACAAACGAGUAUGAAGUGUUAGAAGAAAUGGCGGCGAAAUCGAAAAGCGAUAAAUACUUGAGGUGCGUGUACAAAUGCGAGAAGUGCGUGAAAGGGUUCAACUUUAAAGACGUCAUCGACAACCACAUGAAGAAACACUCACAGGAAAGCGGCACGCUGAAGUGUGAGAUAUGUGCUCAGUACUGUCCUAGUGCUGUAUCUAUGAGAGGGCACAUGAAAUCUCACACCACUAGAUACAAAUGCAAGAUAUGCGGCGCAAUUCGGAUAUCUCGACAACAUUUGUUAGAACACUAUUCCAUAGAACACACUUUCGACGCGAACACAUACACCUGCGAGCAAUGCUCCUUCACCACCAAAAAACGCACAGUAAUCCAGAGACACGUGAAAACCCACAAGGUCGGCAAGAAUCUGACGUGCAGCGUGUGUGGGGCGGGCUUCAACAACAUGCAUGCGUUACGAAUGCACGUGUCCCGCCACGACCCCGCGCAGCGCUUCAACUGCCCGCAGUGCAACAUGAAGUUCAUAUACCCGUCCCUCUUGCACCGGCACAUGCUGUCCCACUCGCACAGGGACCAUUACUGCGUCGAGUGUGACGUCACGUUCAAGUCGCUGCGGCACAUGCUAUCCCACUCGCACAGGGACCACUACUGCGUCGAGUGUGACGUCACGUUCAAGUCGCUGCGGCACAUGCUGUCCCACUCGCACAGGGACCACUACUGCGUCGAGUGUGACGUCACGUUCAAGUCGCUGCGGCACAUGCUGUCCCACUCGCACAGGGACCACUACUGCGUCGAGUGUGACGUCACGUUCAAGUCGCUGAAAGGUCCACAGUUUGCUCGUACGGAGCUGACGCAAAACGGCCUCGUUAUGACCCCGGCAUCCGUGGACACUAUGGAAUGGCUCUUGGCUUGUGACUUCGGGGUCUUGGGUGGGCACAAGAUAGUUCUGAAGAUGAUGGUGGCAGUUUGCGUUACAGAGGACCCUGAAAUCGCACUGCAAUACCUGUGCAGACAAAAUUGGGACAAACCGGAGUUGGAAAUUGGGAAUUGGUCGUACGUGGAUAAAAGGGAUGAUUCGUAUUUGUUUUUGGUGCCGUUUAAAGUUUAUAAGAACUGGGGAGACGUGGAGAAAAGACUCUUCUACAAAGACGUCACAGUUAAGGCUGAGUACAAAUGCUCGCAAUGCGACGAGCGUUUCAUCUCCCCCCCCUCAGUGCUGGCGCACCUGAGCGCGACGCACGGCGCCGCCAAGAGCCACGCGUGCGCGCUGUGCGGCAAGCUGUACUCGAGCAGGGAGAGCGCGCGCAGCCAUGAGCGGCGCGCGCACGCCACGGAGAAACUGGCGUGUGGCGUGUGCAAUAAGGACUUUAGCGUGAGUAUAAGUGGCCGCGUUUCAUCCCCCCCCCCUCCCUCCGUGCUGGCGCACCUGAGCGCGACGCACGGCGCCGCCAAGAGCCACGCGUGCGCGCUGUGCGGCAAGCUGUACUCGAGCAGGGAGAGCGCGCGCAGCCAUGAGCGGCGCGCGCACGCCACGGAGAAACUGGCGUGUGGCGUGUGCAAUAAGGACUUUAGCCGUGAGUAUAAGUGGCCGCGUUUCAUCCCCCCCCCCCCUCCCUCCGUGCUGGCGCACCUGAGCGCGACGCACGGCGCCGCCAAGAGCCACGCGUGCGCGCUGUGCGGCAAGCUGUACUCGAGCAGGGAGAGCGCGCGCAGCCAUGAGCGGCGCGCGCACGCCACGGAGAAACUGGCGUGUGGCGUGUGCAAUAAGGACUUUAGCGUGAGUAUAAGUGGCCGCGUUUCAUCCCCCCCCCCUCCCUCCGUGCUGGCGCACCUGAGCGCGACGCACGGCGCCGCCAAGAGCCACGCGUGCGCGCUGUGCGGCAAGCUGUACUCGAGCAGGGAGAGCGCGCGCAGCCAUGAGCGGCGCGCGCACGCCACGGAGAAACUGGCGUGUGGCGUGUGCAAUAAGGACUUUAGCCGUAAGUACAUGUUGGCGAAGCACCAGCGUGCGCACGCGUCGCUCUGCUGCGGGUUUGAGUCCCCGGACAAGAAGGUAUACCUAGCCUAG